ACACCUCCCUCGAUAGCUUCAAGCUCCAACCAUCACUUCCCUUCUCCAACAUGCCAAACGACAGCGUUCUGAGUCUUUUCUUCUUCGUUACCCUCUUCACAUGCCUUCUCUCUGCUACUUCCCACGAUGACCAUAUUUUCCUACCGAGUCAACUCCAUGACGAUGACUCAGUGAGUUGCACUGCAACCGACCCAAACCUUAACUACAAGCCGGUGAUCGGAAUCCUGACCCACCCCGGCGACGGUGCCUCUGGCCGGCUCAGCAACGCCACCGGGGUUUCUUACAUCGCCGCCUCCUACGUUAAAUUCGUGGAGUCCGGUGGUGCUAGAGUUAUUCCCCUUAUCUACAAUGAGUCACCUGAGAACCUUAACAAGAAGCUCGAUUUGGUCAAUGGAGUGCUCUUCACUGGUGGGUGGGCUGUUUCUGGUCCAUAUUUGGAUACUCUUGGAAACAUUUUUAAGAAAGCUUUAGAGAAAAAUGAUGCUGGAGACCAUUUCCCAGUAAUUGCCUUCAACUUAGGUGGAAACCUCGUAAUAAGGAUCGUAAGCGAGCAAACUGAUAUUCUUGAACCAUUUACUGCGUCGAGUUUGCCAAGUUCUCUUAUAUUGUGGAAGGAAGCAAAUGCUAAAGGAAGUCUAUUUCAAAGAUUUCCUUCAGAUUUGUUGACACAGCUGAAGACAGAUUGUCUCGUCCUGCACAAUCAUCGUUAUGCCAUAUCCCCACGCAAGCUUCAAUAUAACACCAAGUUAUCUGACUUUUUUGAGAUUCUGGCAACAUCUGAGGAUAGAGAUGGAAAGACUUUCGUUUCCACAGCACGUGGUAGGAAAUAUCCCGUGACUGUCAACCUAUGGCAACCAGAGAAAAAUGCUUUUGAAUGGGCUACAUCUUUGAAAGCCCCUCACACAGAGGAUGCAAUUCGGGUUACUCAGUCCACAGCAAACUUUUUCAUAAGUGAAGCUAGGAAAUCCACAAACACACCUGAUGCUCAAAAAGUGCGAGAUAAUCUCAUCUACAAUUACAAACCUACUUUUGGUGGAACGGCUGGGAAAGGAUAUGAUCAAGUGUAUCUCUUUGAAUAAUUCUAUCUGUAGGAGGUGUCCUUGAAUUUGAUUUUAUGCACAAUAAAUUAUGAACUGGGGAUGUAGUUUGAAGAAAUAAAAAUUUGUGCACAGUGAUGUUUGUAAGAUGCUUAAUUUCAGGGCAAUGCUCUGCUUAUCAAUGUGUUAUAUCUUGUUAUUGCCCCAA